AUGAGUUCAUCUUAGAAUUCUUAUGAAAGUGGAUCAACAAGUGUAACAAACACUGAAGAUUAAUUGAAAUAAGUGGCUUGGGGAGUUGGAGAAGUCUUGGUUAAGGGAACAAUUUGUGGAAUAGCUCAUUUAGCUGUAUUUACAAUUUUAAGACAUUCAUUUAUUAUCGAUAAAAUAAGAUGA